AUGAAGUUCCUCGCCCUCUUGUCCCUCGUGGCCGCCGCCACUGCUGCCCCAGCUGCCCUCGAGGCCAGAGGUGCCACCACCUGCGGCAGCACCAGCUACUCUGCCAGCCAGGUCACCGCUGCCAGCAACGCUGCUUGCGGAUACGUCCAGAACGGAGGCACCGCCGGUGGCUCUACCUACCCCCACGAGUACCACAACUAUGAGGGCUUCUACUUCCACGGUCUUAGUGGUCCCUUCUACGAGUUCCCCCUCCGCACUUCUGGUGUCUACACUGGUGGUUCUCCCGGUCCUGACCGUGUCAUCAUCACUGGCAGCUGCCAGCAGGCUGGUCAGAUCACUCACACUGGUGCUAGCGGCAACAACUUCGUUGCCUGCUCUGGUACCAGCUAA